AUGUCGUCCGUAACAAAGAGGCCUUCCGUUCACGUCCCUCCCCUCCUCUCCUCGCUCACGCCUGCUCCAUCAUCUGCCGCUUCUGCGGCCAACACCGAUCCGACGGCUCACAUUGAUCCUCUUACCAGCAGCGCGGAUAUUUCCGCGCCCAACGCGUGCGCCGGCGCGGGCGCACGGGAGAGGGCGGGGGGGGUGGAAGAGCUCGCGGAACGCGAAGACAAAGCGGGGGCGCGAGAGCGAAGCGAGGAGGGGAGAGGCGGGGAUGUGGGGGAAAGCGAAGGGGAAGGGGAAGGGGAAGGGGAUGGAAAAGCAUGGGGAGAUGGUGUUGCCGAAGCGAUGGAUGGACUGGUUCCAGGAUCUGUAGACGCUGCAGAAGCAGCAGAGGAGGCGAUGGCAGGGGAGGCAUGGGGAACAGCGAGCGGCGAGGGAGGGCGGGAGCAGAGGUUGCAGGCGGGGAAAGGAGAGGGAAGUGGGAGAAGUGGCGCUAUUUUUCUGGACGGGACUAUGAGUGUCACGGAUCUACUGUGCGAUGUUUCAUUCCAGGUAUACGUGGGCGUGCACGUGCUGGCGCUGCUGACGCUGCUCUGCAUCCCAGCCACGCCUCGCCUGCUGCUGCUCGCCCUAUUCUCCUACGCCCUGCGCAUGCUCGGCAUCACCGCCGGUUACCACCGCUUGCUCUCCCACAGGUCGUUCAAGACGUCGCGAGCGGGUCAGUUCCUGUUUGCUCUGCUGGGAUGCCUUUCUUUCCAGAAGGGGCCGCUCUGGUGGGCGUCGCACCACCGCCACCAUCACAGGACCGCGGACACAGCAGAGGACGCGCACAGCCCGCUGCACUGGGGCUUCUUCUGGUCGCACAUGGGCUGGUUUCUGUGCUCCACUCGCCACACUGACGUGCUGUGGCAUGCCAUCCCUGACCUCUCGCCUUUCCCCGAGCUGCAUUGGCUCGACUCGUACCACUUCGUGCCACCUCUCUCCCUGGCGGUGCUUCUCUGGGCGACUGGAGGCAUAGCUGCCUUUGGCUGGGGCUUCUGCGUGGCUACUGUUGUGUGCUGGCACUUCACCUACUGCAUCAACUCGUUGGCUCAUCUCGUGGGGUCGCGUCGGUUCCGCUGCGAGUUCAACACACACUGCGAUGCGCGCAACAACCUUGCGCUUGCACUCGCCACUCUGGGCGAGGGCUGGCACAACAACCACCAUUGUUACAUGCGGUCGGCCAAGCAUGGUUUCUACCCAGAAGAGAUUGACAUCACAUGGUAUAUCUUGUGCUGUCUGGAGCGACUAGGCCUUGUGUGGGAUCUGCACCUACCGCCCCUGGAUGAGCUGGAAGCGAGGUGGUUUGACAACCGGCACCUGCAGUGCCGCUGCCACAGUGCUGAAAAAGACAUGCGUGAUACCAUCACUUCAAGCACUCUCCUAGCCGCGGAUAUGUGUGCGGGGACAGAUGUGCUGGUGGGUGGUGCAUGUGCUCACAGCAAAAACACCCCAGAUGGGUGCAGCAAGCCGUGCAGUCGUAUGGAGGCGGAUCAAGAUCAAGGGGAUAGUACCAGUAUGUGGAGGAAAUAUUUGAAAUGGGACAACGACAGCAUCGACCACAGAAGCAGCAGCAGCAGCAGUGGUGGUGGUGAUAGUGGUGCGAGAGAGGGAGGGGAUGAUGCUGCGAGUGAGCUGCUUACAGCAGCAGCAGGUGGCAUGACAGCCUCAAAUAGUGUGGCAUGGCAUGGCAACAGGGACAGCGGGUCAAGGUGA